UAAGGACCGAGGUAAGAACAAGAAACAAUGAUAUCGAGAAAGAGAAAAAUUGACUCAGAAUGUAGGAUAUUCAAAGAACAAUGGACUUAUGAUUACUUUUUCAUGCAGUACAAGGAAAGAGCUGUGUGUUUGAUAUGCCAGAAUAUAGCAUCUGUGUUCAAAGAAUAAAAUUUGCGUCGACAUUAUCAAACUCAACAUAAAGAUAAAUACGAUAGUUUGGUUGGAGAAGUGAGAAAAGGUAAAAUAUUAAAACUGAAAUAUACAUUGACAACUCAGCAAAAUACUUUUGUGAAGAAGAAACAGCUAAAUACUUCAUCACUGUGAGCAAGUUUUCAAGUUGCCAAGAUAAUAGCAUGCACUGGCAGACCAUUCGUGGGGGGAGAAUUUGUAAAAGAAUGCCUUCUUUCUGUUGCCAAAGAGAUGUGUCCAGAGAAGGCCGAUGUAUUUAGUACAGUGAGUCUUUCAGGACCCUCAAUUACACGAAGGAUUGAAGAAAUGGGAGACAAUUUGCAUCAGCAUUUGCAAAACUCUGCAAAAAACCUUUCCUAUUUUUCCUUGGCACUUGACGAAAGUAAUGAUGCUCAUGAUUCUGCACAACUUCUAAUUUUUAUUCGUGAUACGAAUGACUAUUUCGAAGUCACAGAAGAGCUUGCUGCACUGCAAAGCAUCAAAGGAACAACUACAGAAGAGGAUAUUUAUGAAAAGGUUUGCCAAACCGUGAAUAGUUUGGAGCUGGACUGGGCAAAAAUAGCCAGUGUGACAACUGAUGGUGCUCCUAGCAUGGUGGGGUCUAGGAAAGGAGUAAUUGCUCUCAUUAACCAAGAGAUGGACAAACAUAACCAUUCUCAUCCAAUAGCCAUACACUGCCUCAUCCACCAACAAGCACUGUGUAGUAAAUCACUGAAGUGGGACUCUGUUAUGAAAACUGUGGUAUCUUGUGUUAACUUCAUUAGAGGUAAUGCACUAAACCACAGACAAUUUCAGGAAUUUCUGUCUGAGCUAAAUGUUGCCUGUGAAGAUGUUCCGUACCACACAGAAGUCCAUUGGCUGAGUCGAGGGAGAAUUUUGAAACAUUUCUAUGACCUACUUCCACAGAUUACAGCUUUUCUGCUUUCAAAAAACAAAGAAGUACCAGAGCUCAGUGAUGCAGAAUGGAAAUGGCACCUUGCCUUUCUGACAGAUGUAACAGAGCUACUCAACAGUUUCAAUGUGCAACUUCAAGGAAAGGGGAAGCUCAUCUAUGAUAUGCAAUCACAUGUGAAAGCAUUUGAAGUAAAAUUAGGCCUCCUCAUCAAACAAGUGAAGGAGGAAAAUUUCUGCCAUCUCCCCACAACUCAAAAUCUGUUAGCGGAAAAACCAUUGGUUACAUUCUCAAACAAAACAUGUGUGGAUUCACUGGAAAAGUUGCAAAAGGAGUUCCAAUUUAGAUUUAAAGAGCUUCAUCUCCAUGAACAGGACAUACAGCUUUUCCAUGACCCAUUUUCUAUUGACAUUGAAAACGUGGAUAUGAUUUACGAAAUUGAACUGGCUAAACUGCAGAAUUGUGACUCUCUGAAAGAUGCAUUCAAGUCAAGCAGCCUUCCUAAUUUCUAUGCAUCUCUCCCCUCUGAGACAUACUCUGAUCUCAGGAACCAUGCACUCAAAAUGGCAACCAUCUUUGGCAGCACUUAUGUCUGUGAAUAGACGUUUUCCAGAAUGAAACAUCUGAAAUCUCCAACCAGAUCUAGACUAACAGAUGCACACUUGCAUCACUUGUUACGACUAGCAGUGACAAAUAUGGAACCGAACAUUGACCAUCUCACUAGCCAAAAGCAGGCCCAUAGUUCCCAUUGAAAUACUGAUAAGUUUGUUGAUUUAACUUUACUUGUUCUUCAUUUUAAAUAUUGCAUUUGUUCCCAUCUUGUUUUUUUUACUUCAAAAUAAGAUAUGUGCAGUGUGCAUAGGAAUCUGUUCAUAGUAUUUUUUUUUUUUUGUAGAGACAGAGUCUCACUUUAUGGCCCUCGGUAGA